AUGUCCCCAAGCCCUCUGGGAAGUGGAGUCCUUCCGCCCGGACCCCCGACCCGGCGCUGUCGCCUCCAAGUGCGCAGAUGCGACUCCAGGCGGAGCGGCGUCGAGCUCGAGCCUUUUGUGUCCCCGCGCUCCGUGGUUCUGGCCGGCGGCCCCGUCCGCUCCUUCAGCCGUCCGGGAGAGCGCAGCCCACGAGGACCCCGCCCCGUGGCCAGAGCGGGGCCCGGAGCAGGUCCGGGGCUGGGCCGCCCCAGCUUCCCGCCCAACCGCGGGGGCCGGGCGCGCACCUCCGGGGUCUCCAUCCCGGGCGCGCGGGAAUAUCCGGGCUCCGCUAGGAGCUCGGGGCCCGCUGGGGCGGGGCUGCCGCUAAGGCCUCUGGGAAGUGGAGUCCGCUCUCGGAGGAUUCUGGGAGCCGGCGUGUGGUGGGCGGAGCCCUCAGGCUGGCGUCGCGGGGAAUUGAUGACAGUCAAAGAUGAGGAAAUGGACUUCACGCAUGAAGAGCUGGAAGAGCUGAAUUCUGCCCACAGGUACAUGGGCAUGGAUAUGAAGGUGGAUAAUUAUGGAAGCCUAGUAUUUUGGGAUUCUGAAUCUAUGCCUGAAACUAAAGAGCUUUUUUCAAAGCAGGAAGUUUAUGAAGAGGAAUCACCUGAAAGGGAACUGGUAAUAGAAAGACUUGAAAAGGAUGAUUCCUGGGGCUCCACAUUGUUAGAAGCCUGGGAAUGUGAACACUCAUUAGAAAGGCAUCCAGGAAAUCUGAAGAAAGAUUUAAGGCCAGUCAUAAUCAAACGUAAGAGAAAAACUACAGAGCAUUAUCAUGAAAUUGGGGAGAGCUCCAACCCAAUUAAACAUCAGAAAGUUUACCGGGCGAAAAAGCGAUGGGAAUGCAAUGUAUGUGGGAAGUGCUUCAGCUACUGCUCAGCCUUUGUAUUACAUCAGAGGAUUCAUACUGGAGAGAAGCCCUAUGAGUGUAGUGAGUGUGGAAAGGCCUUUAGCCGGAGCUCAUCACUUAUUCAGCACCAGAGGACUCACACUGGAGAGAAGCCUUAUGAGUGCAGUGAAUGUGGGAAAGCCUUCAGUCACCGGUCUGCCCUUAUUCAACAUCACAUCAUUCACACUGGAGAAAAGCCCUAUGAGUGCAAUGAGUGUGGGAAGGCCUUCAACCAAAGCACAUACCUCAUUCAGCACCACAGAAUACACACUGGCGAGAAACCCUACAAGUGUAAGGAAUGUGGAAAAGCUUUCAAUGACACCUCUUCCCUCAUUAAACAUCAAAGGGUUCAUACUGGAGAAAAACCCUAUGACUGUAAAGAGUGUGGGAAAGCCUUCAGUGACCGGUCAGGUCUUAUUCAACAUCAGAGAACUCAUACAGGGGAAAAGCCAUAUGAAUGUAGUGAAUGUGGAAAAGCAUUUAGUUAUUGCUCAGCUCUCAUUCAACACCAAGGAACACACACUGGGGAGAAACCUUACAAAUGUAUCGAGUGUGGGAAAGCUUUCAGUGACCGGUCUGCUCUUGUGAGACAUCAGAGAAUUCAUACUGGAGAGAGACCUUACAAAUGUCAAGAAUGUGAGAAAGCCUUCAGCCAGAGCUCAUCCCUUACAAAGCACCUGAGAACACACACUGGAGAGAAACCAUAUAAAUGCAACAACUGUGAGAAAGCCUUCAGCCAGAGUUCAUCUCUUAUUCAACACCAGAAAAUUCACACAGGAGAAAAGUCCUACAAAUGUAAGAAAUGUGAGAAAACCUUCAGUGUCCGUUCAGCCUUCCAUCAACAUAAAAAAAUUCAUGAUGGAUAG